UUGAUUAGCUCCCGCUCCCGUCUGCUCCAGUUCAGUUUUUAUCCUGUACCGUCCCAAUCACGUGAUCUUUACUGAUGCUGUCUCCCGUCCCGUGGGAUUCCCAAAAAAAUGUCAGCCUCUAGUCCCACGCCUCCAACAAGUCCCGUGCCUCCACCUGGUCCCGUGCCUCCACCUGGUCCCGUGCCUCCACCGGGUCUCAAGCCUCCACCAAGUCCCGUACCUCCAGCAGGUCCCGUGCCUCCAGCUGGUCCCGAGCCUCCAGCAGGUCCCGUGCCUUCAGCAGGUCCCAAACCUCCAGCUGGUCCCGUGCCUCCAGCAGGUCCCGUGCCUCCACCGGGUCUCAAGCCUCCACCAAGUCCCGUACCUCCAGCAGGUCCCGUGCCUCCAGCUGGUCCCGAGCCUCCAGCGGGUCCCGUGCCUUCAGCAGGUCCCAAACCUCCAGCUGGUCCCGUGCCUCCAGCAGGUCCCGUGCCUCCACCGGGUCUCAAGCCUCCACCAAGUCCCGUACCUCCAGCAGGUCCCGUGCCUCCAGCUGGUCCCGAGCCUCCAGCGGGUCCCGUGCCUUCAGCAGGUCCCAAACCUCCAGCUGGUCCCGUGCCUCCAGCUGGUCCCGUGCCUCCAGCAGGUCCCGUGCCUCCAGCUGGUCCCGUGCCUUCAGCAGGUCCCAAACCUCCAGCUGGUCACGAGCCUCCACCAGUUCACAAGCCUCCAGCUGGUCUCAUGCCUCCUGCAGGUCCCAAGCCUCCACCAAGUCCCGAGCCUCCACCGGGUCUCAAGCCUCCACCGGGUCCCGAGCCUUCAGCUGGUCCCGUGCCUCCAGCAGGUCCCAAGCCUCCAGCAGGUUCCGUGCCUGCAGCAGGUCCCAAGCCUCCAGCUGGUCCCGUGCCUCCAGCAGGUCCCAAGCCUCCAGCAGGUCUCAAGCCUCCACCAAGUCCCGUACCUCCAGCAGGUCCCGUGCCUCCAGCUGGUCCCGAGCCUCCACCUGGUCCCGUGCCUCCAGCUAGUCCCGUGCCUCGAGCAGGUCCUGAGCCUCCAGCAGUCCCAAGCCUCCAGCAGGUCCCAUGCCUCCAGCAGGUCCCAUGCCUCCAGCAGGUCCCGUGCCUCCAGCAGGUCCCGUGCCUCCAGCAGGUCCCAAGCCUCCAGCAGUCCCGUGCCUCCAGCAGGUCCCGUGCCUCCAGCAGGUCCCAAGCCUCCAGCUGGUCCCGAGCCUCCAGCAGGUCCCGUGCCUUCAGCUGGUCCCGUGCCUCCAGCAGGUCCCAAGCCUCUAUCUGGUCCCAAGCCUCCAGCUGGUCCUGUGCCUCCAGCAGGUCAGGCGAUUUGAUUUCACCAAACGUCUAAGUGAUCGCCGAUCACGAUCAUUCAGGAUUUUUUUCCGGCCAUAUUUCUUCCUGGAAAACGAUGGGUCCCCGCCAUCCUUCCAGUUUUUUUUUUUGGACAGUUCUCAACCCAAUGUUGGUAGUUUCUGCAAUCUCCUGAAAUGUUUUCUCUGCUUGAUGCACGCCGAUGAUUUGACCCUUCUGAAACAGACUGAUA